AUGCAGCAAAUGACAAGCCCAACUGUAUCGAAGAAUCGCAACGGCCUUCGUUCCAUGUUACAAGUGAAUUUGCAGCAGGCAUAUCAUCAUGACAUGAUGAAAAAUAGUAAUGAUGAAUCCUCUAACAGUAACAGCAGUCCCUACUACAAAGGCCUCACCGAUCAAUCCCUUGCCAUCUUUGCACCCUCAUCUCCACCUCAUCAUCAUCAUGAUCAUGCUACCAUUCCUUGCUACCCUGUUACUCCUCUUCCUCUCCCCAGCCUUCAUCCUCACCUUUCAUCAUCCGGAUCUGGGGCGCAGGGGCAAAGUCCGUACUACAAGGGUCUUACCGAUUAUUCCCUUGUUAUUGGUUCUUGGAGCAGCCACAAUCCUACUUCCACCAAUCCAUCAUACCACCCUCAGUCUAGCCCUUACUACAGGGGCCUCACGGAUUUCUCCCUUGUCCUUCACGAUCAUCCUCAGGAGACAGAGAUUGAUCCCAAUGAUGGUGAGGUUGAGGGCGACUUAGUACUGAUCCAAGAAGAUCAUAAGACAGUAUUAACAGAAGAGGUUAAUGCCAAAGGGGUUCUAUUAGUGGAGAUGGAGGUUAUUGAUGCCACCCAUGAAGAAGAGGAGCCAUUGAGGGAGAGAGUGACAGUAACACCGGAUGAUGAUGAUUUACAAGACACAAGGACGAAGGAGGAUAUUUAUCAUCAUCAUCAGGAAAUAACAUCACUACAAGAGGACCCAAAUGCAUACCAAUAUGAAUGGGCAACCAAACACCAGCCCCAAACCUUGGAAGAAUUCAUCUGCAACUCUGAUAAAGCACUCCAACUCCAAGCAUUAGUAAGAGAGGGUUGUGGCUGUAAUCAUUUUAUAUUUGAGGGACCCCCCAACGUAGGAAAGAGAUCCAUGAUCCGGGCUAUGCUUCGCGAGCUAUUCGGCCCUCAGAGACUGCAGGUCAUAGAAGAAUCCAGAGACUUCACCUUGAAGGGAGAAAUGGUUGACAAGCUGCAAGUGCAGAUAAAAAAAUCACUGCAUCAUGUGGAGAUCAAUGUCUCAGAGACAAAGGGGUACGAAAAACACGUAAUUGCGGAUUUAUUCAACGGAACAUAUGCCAAGACGAUAAAUAACUCCCUGCCUUGUAGCCCAGAUAACUGCCAAGCAAUCGUAUUGUAUGAGACGGAGAAGCUAUCAAUAGAAUCGUUGUUGUAUAUUAAGUGGCAACUAGAAAAGUAUAAAGGAUGUAAUAAGGUGUUCUUUUGUUGUUCCGACGAAUCUAAGCUCCACCCUAUCAAACCACUUUGCACCACUCUCCGCCUUUCACCACCUUCAUCCCAAGAGAUUCUUCGGAUUUUGGAACAUAUCGGAGAGAAAGAAGGCAAACAAUUAUCACGGGGCUUACUCAAUAAGAUUAUUUUCCGGUCAAGAAACAAUCUCAUGGAUAUCCUCGGAGAAGAAGAUUUAAUUUUAACAGGAUGGGAAUAUGAUAUUUUGAUUAUUUCCAAAAGUAUGCUGGAAGAGCAAAGUCCAAGACAAUUGUAUCUCAUUCGUAGAAAGCUGCAAAGUCUAAUGAUUCACGACGUUUCCGCUGAGUUCGUUUAUAAGUCCUUGGUAGAACGCUUAACAACUUUGAUUGAUGCCUCACUGCGUUCGGGGGUGGCCAAACUCGACAUGGAGUACAAGAAAGUUAGUAAGAUUGAAUUUGAACCACAGAAGAGACAUAGUCCUGAUCAAAACAAACAAGGGGAAUCCAAUAAUGAAAAACACCAUGAAUCAAGAAAGAGGAAAGCAAUAAUAAACUACUUGAAAGUUGAAGAGUUUAUUGCAAAAUUCAUGAGCUGGUACAAGAAUUCAACUACAGGAAAGUAUUAGGCAAGUCCAAAUGUGGAGUGCGAUCGGUCAUGUCAAAGACAUUUGGUUCUUUGCAAGUGUCUAGGAAUUUACAUUAAAUGGAAA